AUGGGAGUGCGGAGAGUCCCAGGAGGAACCGACGCAUUCAAAAUCCAUCCUACAUUGCAAAAUCUAGUUCUCAUAAGCAAGAAGAACAAGUUACAUUUAUGUGGAGACUAUUCCAUCAUCUCCUGUGUGCCUAAAUACAAUGAUGUACAAGAAUAUAUCGUUCAUGACACAAUAUAUCCACACCACCUUCUUCAUCAUAAGAAAACCCACAAAGCCCUAACUUUGCUAGGCUUUGACAGCUCACAAACAGAGACUGACAAAACACUUUUAGCUCAAAGACAGAAACUAAUUUCAAAAUUGACUAAGAUUCCCAAAUAUUCUGAGACUUAUAGGCAGAAGAUAGAUCAUUCGUUUGAAUUCCUUAUGGAUAAUCACACUCCUACAUCAAAUUGUGAUCUUGCCAAUAUUAACAAUCCUAGUACUUUUGAGAAAGUAAAUAAUUCUUUAAUAAAAGCAUUAUCAAUUUGCCAAGAUAAAAAUUCCACAUGGCAAGGAGACAUGGAAGACAGAUUUAUUGUGCUCAACAACUAUGGAAAUAGGUCAGAUACAUGUUUUCUGGGGUUAGUUGACGGCUCUCAUGGUGUGACAGCUGCAGAAACGGUUGCAGCAGAGCUUCCCUUAUUUCUUGACCAGCUUGCUCAAACGGAUUCCUCCUACAAAAAGAGUAAGGAAGAACAGCAAAUUCUAGAUUCUUUUGCCACAGUAAUCAAGGCAGAUUACAGGGAGAAAGAGAAGAUUUUCUCUGAUAAACCAAGCAAUGACGGGACCAACAAGACCAAUACUUACGAAUGGAUUCACAAAGCAUAUGCCAAGUCCUUUUGGAGGAUGGAUAGACUCUUACGACUGGGAAGGAAUGAGGUUUCCAAAGUUCGCUGGAGUGGCUGUUCAGCUGUUACCUGUUUAGUAGAAAGAAUCCCCACUGAAGAGACAGAUGGCACUGAGGAGGAAGAAAACCAACAUUUUGAGAACAACACACGCAGUCCAUUAGCCAGGACAGCCAAAGGUGUUGGUGGGCUACUGCAUAUUGCUAAUAUAGGUAAUGCACAUGCAGUCUUAUAUAAAAAUGGAAAGGGUCACUUCCUCUCAGAAGAGCACAGCACUUCUAAUGUCAGCGAGAGAAGACGCGUACUUAGGAAUGGUGGCAAGAUCAGCACUCAUGAACCAGACGGACUAGUAGAGGGGUACCUGAGGACGACAAGGGGCCUGGGGCAUCACGGAGAUCCAGUACUGAAAAGAUCUGUUAUACCUGUGCCUCACACUGUAUCUGUCCCUAUCGACGAUACCUGUCAGUUUCUUAUUUUAGCUUCUAAUGGGCUUUGGGAAGCUUUGGAUUACAAUGAAGUACUUGCAUUAACACUAACAACAUUCACUCGUUACCUGAGAACGCCCGAGUGUGUCCAGCAACAUGGGCCUUCUCCGUCUAAGUGCCAGUACUUGAUGCCCCUCACUGGAGAGAACUUAAAUGACCCAAAGGGUAUUAGUGAUCUGCAAGAUGGAACAGAGAUACCGUAUUCCAAUAAAGACAUUCUUCUCACCGACUCAAAAGACAACCUGAAACAAAAUAAGCCAAAAUGUUCCAGGAAGAACGAUUUGCAAAGAGAAGAUGGAGUUCCUAAGGAAACUGAUGACCACAAAAAUCAAGCUGAUCCAGAACUGCCUCUUUUCAGUAACAACGAUGAAAAUUCACAAAACAGAGAGAGAAACCAGCCCAAUUCCAGGACACAAGGUAGCUCUGAAGAACUGAAACAGUUUGAGGACAGGAAAGUUUACCUAUGUGACAGUUUUCAGCCACAGUCACAGACUGCAGAGCAAGAAGAAACAGACACUGACACUUUCCAUGCGACAGGUCCAAGUUACACCCAUCAACAGCUGCUGAAGAAUGUACUGGCAGUAGGGCCUGAAGACGUGAAACAGCCCCCAAGAGACACAAAAGCAUGUCUAUCUGAUGAUGACUCAGGUCCACAACUGGUAGAAGAAGUGGACUCCAAGGUAUUUUGUGACAAACCUGCAAGUUACACUGGUCAAGAACUGCUCAAGACUGUAUCACCACAGUCUGAAGAGGAUGCAAAAACACACCUGAGCAAUUGUGAAUCACAAACUGCAGGAACAGGCAGAGCCACCUCCGAGACCCUCUAUGACAAGGCAGCACACUACAUCAGUGAGCAGCUGGUAAAGGCUGCAUUAGCUGCAGGUUCCAGAGAUAAUAUUACGGUUUUGACUGUACUUCUAAACGGAUGCAGUAAGAUACCAAAUUACCUCAACAUUUAA